AUGAGUGCGGAAUUUGGUCCUUCUGUACCAUUUCCCCACAUCGGAGACAAUGUAACGACGUGCAUGAGAAAAGGUUUUGAACCUUCACCUGCAAUAUAUGAUCCCCUAGGACCUGUUGAUCCGGUUAAAAGGGAUAAUCUUUUGCAACACCUAAAGCCACACGAGAAAAUUCCACAUGGAGAAGCUCACGAGGAUAUUGAGUUCUACAGAAUCCUCAUCACUCCAAGACCUUGGCCCAUCAAAGAAUAUGGAUGGCUGGUUCAAAAUAGUCUUCAGUCAAAGGUCCAAACAAGAUCCCAGCCAUUUUGGUCCAAGCGCGUUGCCUUUAUAGACUCUUGGUUCCUUGAAUCAUGGGUUCGCGAUUAUAAGCAGUUCGAAGUCAAACCGGAAAUGGUCAAAUUCAAAGGAAGUGGUUACGAAGGGUUAUCAAACGGUUUGAUCCCCACAGACAUUCAGACAAAGUUGCGGUGGUUUACAGAUGUAGAUCACUUGUACGGAGUGAUUAAUACUGGCGGCAAUCAUUGGGUGGCUUUUCACGCGGAUCUGCAUAAAGAGAAGGUUGAUUGCUAUGAUUCCAUCGUUGGAGAGCAAACACUCGAAAGUGAUCUGAGAAUGCUAAAUUUCUUUGGGCCGCUUACUCGUAUUCUCCCUGCGAUUCUGAAUGCCCUUAUUCCUGAUGAUAUCCGAGUCCCUACCAAGAAAGAGUUUGUAUUCAGACGAAGAACAAAACGUAUGUUCCACAAAACAACCUGA